CUCACUACCUGAAAGUUUUAAUCAGUUCAGAAUGACCUACAAUAUGAAUGAGUCUGAAAAGACUUUGCAAGAGCUGCAUGGAUUGUUGGUCAAUGCUGAAAGGAACAUCCCUAAGGUUGAACCAAAGAAAGAGGUUCUGUUGGUUCAAAAGGGAAAGGGUUUCAAAAAGAAAUGGGCAGGAAAGAAGGACAAAGGCAAGCAAGUUGCCACUGUCGCUGAAAAACCUAAGCCAACCGCCAAGCCCAAGGUUGCUGCGGAAAGCAAGUGCUUCCACUGUCACAAGAUUGGACACUGGAAGAGGAACUGCCCGAUAUACUUGGAGGAAAUAAAGAAGUCUGGGGCUUCUACUUCAGGGACUAAAAAGAAGUAGGAAGUUGGCAAAAGGCGAGGUAGAGCUACGCGUUGGAAAUGGAGCACGAGUUGCUGCACUUGCCGUCGGGAGCUAUAGUCUACACUUGCCAUCUGGGCUUAUUUUAGAAUUAAAUAAUUGUUAUUUCGUUCCUACAAUAACUAAGAACAUAAUUUCGGUUUCAGUUUUGGAUUCUGAAGGUUUUUGCUUUGAAAUAAAGAACAAAUGUUGUUCCAUUUCUUACAAUAAUAUGUUCUAUGCCAGAGCUAAUUUGAUAAA